AUGUUACAGUUUCUGAAAGAGAGGCUGCAAAGAGGUGGCACGGACCUGGUAGCGAAAUUCGUCACGGAAUUUGUCUGUGACUCUGGCGGCGGCUUGGGGAACAGUGGCUGUCCAGUCGGCCUGUUGCUGAGCGGAGCUCUUGCACGAGCGGGCUUGAGCCCCGCAGCCGGCACGACGCCAUCUCUCAAGUGGCACUGCUCCGUGGCACCAUCCAGUGUCAGCGGUAGCGCCAUGAUGAGGGCCAGGAGCCACCGAGUGGCAGCGCCCUUGCUGGCAUUGGGGGCUGCGAUCGUGGCCUGCCUUUCUUUGACCAAGAGCUUGGCCUUCACGGGUUCCCCAUCCAUGACUCUGCUCAAGGGUGAGGAAGCUGGAAGAGCUGUCCAAGUCUCGAUGGGUCAGUCCAUUCAAGGGCCAUGCAAGAGGAAGGUGAAGAGGAGCCCUGUGAGUUCGAGCUUCAAAUCGGCAAAGGCGAAGCAGGCGGAGCGAUCUUUGGCUCGGAAAACAGCUGCCGAGCAAGCUAAAGUUAGAGUUCCCAUGCAGUGGCCUGCAACGAUCCCAGAGGGAGUCACCCUUCUCCAUCUCGAGUAUGAUGUUGCGCCGAAGGACGAAAUCGAAGCCGAAAUGGCAAAGAGGGCAUUCAGCACAUUUCCCAAGCCAGGAAACAAGGAAGUGGAGGACUUCAUCCGGAAGGUUCAAAAGACAUUCGGUCCUAAGGUGCGGGUUGCGCUGAACGAGCCCAUGGUCCUGAAGGAGCUCCUGCCGGAAGGAUCGACGAUCAAGUACCGAAAGGGUGCUUUCGAGGUCAUGAACCUCAACACCGGCAAGCUCAUGUUCUCGAAGCUCCAGACUGGUGUUUCGCCUGUGUACGAGGAGUUCGAUUACUUCGCAAAGAAAGUCAUGGCGACGAUUUCCUGA